CCCCGAGAGCCGGACGGAGCCAGGGACCCGAAGCCCUCGUCCAUGGCCGGGUCUCCCCGCCGCGCCGCGGGCCGGCGCCUGCAGCUGCCCCUGCUGUGUCUCCUCCUCCAGGGCGCCACCGCCAUCCUCUUUGCGGUCUUCGUCCGCUACGACCCCGACGCCGACGCCGCGCUCUGGCACUGGGGCAACCGCAGUAGUUCGGACAAUGAAUUUUACUUUCGCUACCCAAGUUUCCAGGACGUGCACGUCAUGGUGUUCGUGGGCUUUGGCUUCCUCAUGGCCUUCCUGCAGCGCUACGGCUUCAGCAGCGUGGCCUUCACCUUCCUCCUGGCCGCCUUCGCCCUGCAGUGGGCCACGCUGGUCCAGGGCUUCUUCCACUCCAUGCACGGUGGCCGCAUCCACGUGGGCGUGCAGAGCAUGAUCAACGCCGACUUCUGCGCGGCCGCUGUGCUCAUCUCCUUUGGGGCCGUGCUGGGCAAGACCGGGCCGGUCCAGCUGCUGCUCAUGGCCCUGCUGGAGGUGCUGCUGUUCGGCCUCAACGAGUUUGUGCUCCUCAGUGUCCUGGGGGUGAAGGACGCAGGAGGGUCCAUGACCAUCCACACGUUUGGGGCCUACUUCGGGCUGGCCCUGUCCCGGGUCCUCUACAGGCCCCAGCUGGAGAAGAGCAGGCAUCGCCAGGGCUCCGUCUACCACUCGGACCUCUUUGCCAUGAUCGGGACCAUUUUCCUGUGGACCUUCUGGCCCAGCUUCAACUCUGCGCCCACCAUGCCGGGGGACGGGCAGCACCGGACGAGUCUCAACACGUACUACUCCCUGACCGCGAGCACCCUCAGCACCUUCGCCCUGUCAGCCCUCGUCGGGGAGCACGGCCGGCUGGACAUGGUCCACAUCCAGAACGCAGCGCUGGCCGGAGGGGUCGUGGUGGGGACGUCAGGUGAAAUGAUGCUGACGCCCUUUGGGGCCCUGGCGGCCGGCUUCCUGGCUGGGACGGUGUCCACGCUGGGGUUCAAGUUCUUCACGCCCGUCCUCGAGGCAAAAUUCAAAGUCCAAGACACGUGUGGUGUCCACAACCUCCAUGGGAUGCCCGGAGUCCUGGGAGCCCUCCUGGGGGUCCUUGUGGCUGGGCUGGCCACCCACGAAGCUUACGGAGAUGGCCUGGGCAGUGUGUUUCCACUCGUGGCCGGGGGCCGGCGCUCUGCCACCGCUCAGGCCGUGUUCCAGCUCUGCGGGCUGCUCGUCACACUGACGUUUGCCUCUGUGGGCGGGGGCCUCGGAGGGCUCCUGCUGAGGCUGCCCUUCCUGGGCCCCCCUCCAGACUCCCAGUGCUUCGAGGACCGGAUUUACUGGGAGGUGCCUGGGGAGCGCGAGGAGGAGGCCCAGGGGUCCCUGGGAGCAGAGGAGACGGACACCCGGGCCUGACUCGUCUCCGGCCUCCGGGGCCGAGAGAGGACACUCUCCUUUGGGAAGAUGGGGACCGCAGGGAAGGUCUUUUCUGGCUCCGGCCCUCCUGCUGCAGGAACGAGGGCAGCACUGGGGGCAGAGUGGUGGAAGGGGGGGCGGGGGGAGGCCCUCGGCACCCCCACCCCCACCCGUGGCCUGUGAGUGAGGCGCCCAAGCGACGCCCACGCACUGCCCAGGGCCGCAGGCCGCAGUGAGGCGUGUACCUGCCCGCUGAGCCGGCCAUAAACACCGCCCACCAACGA